AUGGAAUUCAAGGUAUCACCGCUUACAAAGAUUAUAUCGCUUUCGGGCUUUUUAGCUCUCGGCUUUCUUUUAGUUAUAUUAAGUUGUGCCCUCUUUCAUAACUACUAUCCAUUAUUCGAUAUUCUGAUCUUCCUGCUAGCUCCAUUGCCCAAUACUUUAUUCAGCAAAUCAGGCGCGGACAAUGCAAACUUCAUGUCUGAUGCCCCAAGCAAUGCUCAAGAUACUGGUAAUUUCUUAACUGGCGUCUUUGUCACAAGCGGAAUCGCACUACCGGUUGUCUUUUAUCACUGUCAGUUGAUUGGAGCACUAAGUUGCGUGAUGAGUACGAUUGGUGGUCUAAUUAUCUAUUCUAGUAUUGUGGUUUUCUCGUGGUUCUUCCACUCUAGUUGGGACCAAGAGGAGGAUACAUUGUUCGGUUAA